UUCUGUUUGGAACAUUGCUCGAAGUUUUUUUUUUUUAUUUCCAAUUUUCCCCCAAAAAAUUUUCAGGAGACAUAGCAAUUCCCAGAAAUGCCCCAACAGAGUUACUCAAAGAGAAGCACAAAGAAUUCCUUCUAGGAUAUAGCCGUGACAGGGAUUCUUACGAAUACAUAAUGGCGGAAUAUUUAAGAAUGAGCGGAAUGUACUGGUGUUUGACGGCGAUGGACUUGCUUGGGGCGAUUGAGGAAGUUGACAAGGAGUUCAUUCUUGAUUAUAUCCAAAAGAGUAAAAGAGAAAAUGGGGGCUAUGCCCCAGCUGAGGGACACGACCCGCACUUGCUGCAUACUUUGAGCGCAAUUCAAAUAGCGAUAACGCUUGGGAGGCUGGACAUUAUUGACAAAGACAAGACAGUUUCCUUCAUUAAAUCAUUACAACAAGAAGAUGGCAGUUUUGUUGGUGAUAGUGCUGGAGAAGUCGAUACUCGUUUUUCAUUUUGUGCACUAGCCUCACUUCACUUUUUGGAAUGUUUGGAUGCUGUAAAUAUUCCAAAAGCUAUUGACUUUAUCAAAAGUUGCUACAAUUUUGAUGGAGGUUUUGGAACUAGACCAGGCUCUGAAAGUCAUUCUGGACAGGUUUAUUGCUGUGUUGGUGCUCUAGCUAUUUGUGGAUGUCUUGAAUUAAUUAAUGUUGAAAGAACAGCUGAAUGGUUGGCAGAACGUCAAUGUCCUUCAGGAGGGUUGUGUGGACGACCAGAAAAGUUACCUGAUGUUUGUUAUUCAUGGUGGGUCCUUUCUUCACUGGCUAUUCUCAACCGGCUUCAUUGGGUCGACAAAACUUCACUCGUUCGUUUUAUCCUAGCUAGUCAGGAUGACGAAUCUGGUGGAAUAGCAGAUCGUCCAGAAGAUAUGUCUGAUCCAUUUCACACAGUUUUUGGUUUGGCAGGACUCAGUUUGUUGGGAUAUGAAGGUUUAGAACCUGUAGAUCCCGUUUUUUGUAUGAAGAAAGAAAGGCUUGGUUCUUUUUCGUUUAUUUGA